GUUGUCUACUUUUCCUGCCAGCAUAGAGUACUAACUCUGGUCACUAAUGGUCUCUACCCUUGAUUCUCCGAUGGAAAUAGACAACGAAACCUCUUCUGGGCGACUCGCUCUCAAUAAUCGUACAAAUAUCUUUAACGACGAUGAAGUAAAUUGCCUCACUGGGACGGACAAGAAACGUCCUGGCUCUGAGGACACGCAGAAAGGCGCGAGAAAACGCGUCAAAGUAGAAGACAUUAAGCAAGCAGAAGCUGCAGUCUCAGACGACGAGCAAGAAUUUGUCCCUGUCCAGUCGCGUUCUCGCUAUUCCUCGAUGUACGCGUUGCGGUUUGCUGCGAUGUCAUCUUCUCCCCGCGUUUUCUCCCGUUUACCACAUUUCUCAACGCAUUCACUCCUCCGAUCUUUCGUUUCCUCAAAUAAAUCUGACGUGUACAAAUGCCACUCAAUCGAUGCCAACAGCUUCAUGACUCUUCCUUACGCUUGUGAAUAUUCGCAUGAAGCGAAACGUGGUGGUUUAUCACUUCUUGCUGUCUCAACAGAACAAGGCACCGUGCAUAUUCUCAAUACGGCCAAACGGCGUGAUUGGGAUGUCGAACCACAACGGACGAUGUUCCAACCCUACGCGAACGCUAUAUUUGACGUACAAUGGUCGCAUUCAGACACAUAUCUUGCUACAGCAUCAGCAGGCUCGUCAAUUCAAAUAUCCACCCUCGACGCAACCCGCUGCGACGCCAAAACAACACGAGUGAUGCGUGGGCACUCCGGUACUGUCAAAUGUCUUGCAUGGGAUCCAAAUUACGACGGGACGAUGUUAUGUUCUGGUGGACGGGAUGGUGCAAUUUGCCUCUGGGACCUUCGACAAGAUUCAAGUGGACCCGUCGUGACCAUAUCUGAUGCACACGAGAACACUAUGAAAGUUUCGCGACCUAAACCGAGGAAAGGAAAACUUGCACCUGCUGUUCCUUUGAGGAGUAUCACGAGUUUGAUUUAUUCUGAGUGCGAACCGCAUGGCAUUAUCAGCGCAGGGUCUCUAGACGGCAUUCUACGACAUUGGGAUCUCCGCCUGCCUAAAAAGUCCAAGUCAACGAAGACACGGAUUCAGCCAACCCACUCCUCACCAAUAGAUCCAACAACGUAUCAAGGCACACGCCGUGCUCGGGGUAUAACGAGUCUCACGCCAGGUUCCGGGCCUACGGCGGGUCUGUUGUUUGCACUUGGAAACGACUCCCGCAUGCAUACAUACUACCUUUCGUCCCUUGUUCCUCUUUCGGGAAACACCACGAACCAAGAAGAUGGUGAGUACUCUUACUCCCACCCCAACAUGCGCACAGAGUCGUUCUAUGUGCGUUCAUCGCUUUCGCCAUGUGGGCGGUGGCUUGCCAGCGGGGGUGCGGACAACGGAAGUGUAUAUCUCUUUGAUGUCAGUAAUGCUGGCAGGGCAUCGGGUGGAUACGAUACCAGAGGCGUGGAGUUGAAAGGCCAGAAGGGUGAAGUGGGAGCUGUGGAUUGGGCGAGUGACAUGGUGGCCAGUUGUGCGGACGAUGGCACGGUUAGGGUAUGGAGGCCAGAUAUUGAUAUUUACAGGCAAUGUCAAGCGGAAAGCGAGGAGAUGAAAUGGGACUGGAGUUGGUCAGUGGAUCCCUUGUAAAGUGUACCUCUAUUUAUCUCGACCAUGGACGUUGUAUAUACUGUUCUUGGACUUCCCAUGAGAAUGAUACCAAGAGGAAUGAGGGGAGAUCUAAAGGCUCAUAAUAGAGAUCAGCGAUAAUAAUGAAUGGUACAAGGGUAUGUAUGUGUAUAAUGCAGCAGAACAAUUAAAUAGGUGUCCGAUACGUUUGCAGGGGAUGCGACAGCGGAUAGAUGAGGCCGACCAAGAAACAGAAAGAAAAACACAAGGAAGUGCCAUUUACUUCUUUUGUAUGGCAUUCACCAGCCUAUGUACACAGAAGUCAGUAAUGAAAUCGAGGAAGCGGUCGGGGAGACAACAUACCAAUCCAAACCCUCCUCCAAACCUUCUCCCUUGGUCGCACAACUACCCCGUACACUCCAGUCUCGGCCCUUCUCCCCACCUGCCAAGCCCAGUUGUUCACUAAUCUCUUCUGGCUUCAUUGCACCUUCCAUGUCUUGUUUAUUGCAGAACACCAGAAGUGGAACUCCUGCAAGCUCUUCUUCUGAGAGCAUAGUGAGCAGUUCCGAGCGGGAUGUUGGCAGACGGGCAGUAUCAGAGGAGUCAAUCACGUAGAUGAUUGCUGAAGUAUUUGGGAAGUAACAACGCCAGUAUGGUCUAAGAUAGAGACCAUGGAAACUCAGUCGAAGUUGGGGACCGUGGGCUACCAGACGUACCGGAUACUUGAUUGACCUCC